AUGGCAAGAUUUGAACUCUUCUCUUCGCUCCCGAAAGAGCUGCGGCUCACGAUAUGGCGCACAACCCUCGCGGGCCAGGGCCGGCUCGUCACGGUGGCCCCGAACCGGGAACUCCUCGCCUGCCGGAGCGGGUUGCCCGUCAUCUCGGCAGUCAACCGCGAGAGCCGCCACGAGUUCCUCCGGCUCUACAUCCGCCUCCACGACGACUCCGGGGCCCGUCCCGGCAGUACCCGAUCCGGUACAGACACGGUUGAGGACCACGUCUACUUCAACCCCCGGGUCGACGCCCUCCUCAUCGGCUCCGCCACCAAGACGGGGUCGGCGUUGAAGUCCUCGGGCGGGCUGGGAGGGAUGCUCCUGUUCGCCCGCUGCCCCGUCGGGACCCUCGUCGACGCGCCCGCGUUGCCCCGGCCGGCCAGAGAGAAGGUCCGAAAAGUGCACCUCUACGACCUCAACCCCUCCCGCCGGAUGGAGAUGGACCCUUCCCUGAGGAACCGCAGGCUCAGAUGGGGCCCGGAGCGACCCGGGCCGAUCCCCCUCCCCGGCCUCCGGUUCCCGCGGCUCGACACCGUCUUCAUCGUCACCCUGCACGCCUCGUUCUGGGUCGGCAACUUCAAGAGCCACGGGAGACGGGGGAGGCACUUCAGGUACGUCGUGCCCAGCAACCAGGUCUACUACCAGGUGACGGAGAUGGACUACGGGGAGUGCUUCGGGGGGAUACGGCCCGCGUCCAGGAUCCCGGACGAAUGCCUCAAGCCCACGCCGGGCCAGACCAGGGCUGUGCGCGUCGACAUCAUCCACUCCGACGACCUCGACUGGGUCACCGAAGGCUGGCACGCCAUCUGCAACGCCGACGAUUUCUGCCACGAGACCUGGCAUAUGGUCGUCGAGUACAUCGCGAUACGCCUGGGAAAGGAAGACGAGUAA